CUGCCUUAUCCCUCUCCACCUCCGACCGAGCCGAGCACCUCCCUCUGGCCCUUCCCCCUCCACCUUCCUCCCCCCUACCGCCGGCCGGCUAGUAGAAAGAAAGAAUGCUACUGCUGAGCCCCCCCUUGGUGUCCCCGGCGCUGCGGGUCUCUCCGCAGCUGCAGCUGCAGCUGCAGCUGCAGCCGGGGAAUGGGUGUCGCCUCCGGAUCGAGGCGGCGAGGCAGCUGACGGGGCGGGUGGUGACGACCAAGGCGGACAAGACGGUGGGCGUGGAGGUGGUGCGCCUGGCGCCGCACCCCAAGUACAAACGCCGGGAGCGCAUCAAGAAGAAGUACCAGGCCCACGACCCCGACAACCAGUUCAAGGUCGGCGACGUCGUCGAGCUCCGCAGCUCCCGCCCCAUCUCCAAGACCAAGCACUUCAUCGCCGUCCCGCUCCCGCCCCGCGACACCCGCCGCAAGUCGCAGCUCCUACCGCCGCUCCAGUCGCAGCAGCCGCCGCCGCCGGCCGAGUGACCGACCACCACCAUCAUUCGUAUUCGUAUUCCCCAUAUGUUUGUUUCCUUCCUGUAAUGCCUUGCAUGAGUAACCAACCACUCUAGACCAGAGGUUGUGUAAUUUGGCCAAAAUUUCCCCUGCCUACUUAUUAUUAUUUAUUGCAUAUAUAUGCAUAUGUUUGCGCCUGCGUCGUA